AUGCAAGACGGUGAUGAAGUUAACAUACAAGAGUUGGCCUCCAACCUCACCAUUUACAAAGAUCAACUCAACCAGGUUAGACAGCUUUUAAAUGACGAACCCUCUAAUUCUGAGUAUGUCGACAUGGAAAGGGAGCUCCGCGAGGUGAUUGCUUUGACGGAAGAACUCCUCGCAACUGCCAAGCAAAAUGAAAUUUCUGUUGCCACUGAAUCUCCAAGUUUAUCAAGAUCCAAGGAGAAUAAAGCGGAGCUUGAUAGCCACUUUGAUCAUCAAGAGAAAUUUCCCAUUGGCACCAGAGUUCAGGCAGUUUAUAGUGAAGAUGGGGAGUGGUAUGAUGCAACAGUUGAGGCAUACACGCCAAAUGGUUAUUAUGUUAGCUAUGACAGUUGGGGUAAUAAAGAAGAGGUAGAUCCUGCUAAUAUAAGGCCAAUUCAAGAAGGUACUGUGGAUGCUUUGGUAGAAGCGGAGCGUGUAGCCGAAGCUACAAAGCAGGCUAUCAAAAGAAAAAUUGCGCAAGCUGGGUCUGUUGAUUUUCAGUCACGAAGUCUACCUGCAAAGCUUCGUAUAGAGCCCGAUGACCCUGAGGAUGUGAAAAUUACGAAACGGAAGAAGAUACAUGCCUUCAAGUCUAAGAUGCGGAUGGAACAACUUGAAGUCACACAAAAUAAGCGGCAAAAUGCUUGGCAGCAAUUCCAGACAACCAAAGGAAAAGCAAAGAAGAUUGGUUUCUUCUCGGGAAGGAAGCGGGAGAGUAUAUUUAAAUCUCCUGAUGAUCCUCAAGGAAAGGUUGGUGUGACUGGAAGUGGGAAAGGUUUGACAGAGUUCCAGAAAAGAGAAAAGCAUUUUCAUCUCAAGGACGGCACAGUUGAGAAUGAUGAAUAG